AUGGAGUUCCCAGCUCGCACGGCCUCCGCGCCGGACGCUCCCCAGCGAGCUGCCCGGUCUCCGGGAGCGAGGCCACCGGAUCGGAAAGCCACGCUCGCUCCGGAUCGAACGGCGAGUUCCUUCGCAGCGUUCCUGGUAAUCUUCCUCGGUCGGUGCCGUGAAAACAGGAGGUUUAGAGCGCGGAACCGUCGGCGCACGACAUGCCAAGUGAGCAAAGUGAACAACAUCAGCUCCGAGGAAUUAGGGCAGCUUCCUCCCUACUGUGGGCUUGUACGCUCUGAAGAGUUGGAGGUUCUCAUCAUAGGUGUUGCGCACUUCGAUGGGGGCAUAUCUGGGCAGUCUGCUCGCAAGAUGAUUCAAGACUUCCGCCCGAAGCUUUGCUUGGUGGAGCUGGAUCAGCAGCGCUUCUCGCGGCUGCUGGCUUCGCGACGUGGCUUGCCUUGGCCCUACCUACCCCUACGAGGCGCAAAGUAUCAGCCCAGUCCGGUGGUACAGAAGAUGCGAGAGGUCCUGUUCUCUGGAUUGGAGCUUGCACAAAACAUUGUGGGCAAUAAGGAGACCGGUGGCGGAGACGAGUUUUACGAGGCCUUCCUGGCCGCCGAGUCGCAGGGUGCCAUCGUGGUGCCGGGGGAUUUGCAAAUCACCAACGCUUUGGACAGUUUGGUGCAGGCGAUUCGUCAGGGCUUCACACAGCCUUUCCAGCACAUUGUGCUGAGGGAAUGCAUAUUGCCAGGAAGUGCCCGGUUGCAUGCCAAGACCUGA